CGCGUUCGGAAGCAAAGGUCAAUUGAUUUCACGCUCAUCACGUCGCGCCCGCCCACGAACAAGCGCAAUGGGCACCACGUCCUCAAAAGUAGCGAGGCAAUUGCCACUUACAAAACCAAGGCCUGCGUGGGCUGGCGCUCGAACGCCUCGUCCGGAAGAGGCAGAAAUUCCCGCCGCUCGCUAUGGCGUCAAUGACCCCAAAAGUCAAGCUAUAAAAGAGGAUACCAAGGAUCCUCAGCUCGUUCAAAGCCUCUACACUCUUGGGCAGGUUGAUGUUAAUCGCAUGUCGGUUCAGCACGACUCGCACCGCAAAGCUGGAGCAAUUUCACAAAUGUUCCGAUCAAGGGAAGAAUCAGAAUUUCAAGCCCUGUCCGAUCAGAUAACACCAAACCGUUUGGCAGCCUCAUCCUUGUUCGAGCUGCUGGAUGCCCGCAAAGGUGUUAAGACGCACACUCAGCUCCACAAUACUGCCAAGGCGCAUUCUAUAGACCCUGCUCUUCUUGAUACACUUGCCCGCUUUGUGAACACCCCCAGUACCGGUGAAAGCACGACCACUCACACCGUCGAAAACGGGGAGGAACGGACAACAAGCCAAGCAUUAUGGGUUGAUCCGAAGAUUGUGUCCUGAACCCCCAUAUCCGAAGCGAUUUGGUACCCGAAGAACACGGUGGUAAUUAUCACUCGUCAUCUGAGUCUGCUUCGG